UUUGCUGGGCUGCCGAAAGCGCGGCGCUUCUCGGGCUGCGAGGGCUGCGGGGCUCGCACGGGCGGUGCAGGGAAGGGGAAGUGAAAGCGAAAGCGCCACCGAGGCAUUGCUUCAGCUGUUGGCUCGGGAGGUGCCGGUGGUUUUUUUAGCACAGAGCUUGCUAAAAGACCAUUGCAGGGCUGCCGUGCCGAUUGCGUGUUUGCCGGAGAGAGCUGGCAGCGAUAUCAGGAAUUGCUGUGGGAGGGCAGUGAAGGAAAUCCCCAAAUUCUGAUGAAAACUCCUCCCCCCAGUUGGGCGGGUAUAAAAGGGAGCAGCAAAUGUGCCAGUUCUGCUUCAAGAAGUGUGGGGAGAGCUGCUGUGCAAAGUCCUUCUGCUGACUUCUCCCAGCCUGGCUGGCAGGUUUAAAAUCCAGCGUGCCCACUAGAAGCAAGCUGCAGGUACCACUGAAGGUCUGCAGACUUUGAGAAGGCUUGGAAGCAUGGAAAGCCUCUGUGCAGCAAACAGCACUUUUGCUGUGGACCUCUUAAGAAGACUGUGUCAGAAGAACAGUGGGCAGAAUGUGUUCUUUUCACCAUUUAGUAUUUCUUCUGCUUUGUCCAUGGUUUUGCUGGGUUCAAGAGGUAGUACUGAAGCCCAGAUUUGUAAGGUGCUUUGUCUGAAGAAUGCCCAGGAUGCUCACAAUGGGUAUCAGUCCCUUCUCUCUGAAAUUAAUGAUCCAAACACCAAAUACAUCCUGAGAAAUGCGAAUCGGCUCUAUGGAGAAAAGACCUUGGAGUUUCUUCCAUCAUUUAUAGAGUCCAGUCAGAAAUCCUACCAUGCUGGCCUGGAACAGAUGGACUUCCUGCAUGCUUGGGAGGAUUCCAGGAAACAAAUCAAUGUCUGGGUGGAGGAAAGGACUGAAGGUAAAAUUCAGAACCUAUUGGCAGAGGGGACUCUUAAUUCCCUGACCAGGCUUGUGUUGGUGAAUGCCAUCUAUUUCAAAGGCAACUGGAAAGAGCAGUUCAACAAACAGAGUACCAGAGAGUGGCCAUUCCACAUUAAUAAGAAAGAGACCAAACCUGUGCAGAUGAUGUUCAAGGAGGCAACUUUCAACAUGACCUACGUUGGGGACUUCCAGACCAAAAUCCUGGAGCUGCCCUAUGUGGGAAAUGAGCUGAGCAUGAUCAUCCUGCUCCCUGAUGCAAUCCAGGAUGGCUCCACAGGCUUGGAAAGACUGGAAAGAGAACUUACAUAUGAGAUGCUGAUGGGUUGGAUCAGCCCUGAAAUGAUGAAAUCUACAGAGGUGGAGGUGUAUUUACCCAGAUUUAAACUGGAAGAAGAUUAUGAUCUGCAACCUAUUUUAAGAAGAAUGGGAAUGCCUGAUGCAUUUGAGUCAGGGAAGGCAGACUUUUCAGGAAUCUCACCUGGUAAUGAGCUGGUGCUCUCUGAAGUGAUUCACAAAUCCUUUGUGGAAGUCAAUGAAGAAGGCACUGAAGCAGCUGCUGUCACUGGGCUGGUCAUGAAUUUUUGUGCAAUGAGAAUUCCAGAAUUCAUUGCUGAUCAUCCCUUCCUCUUCUUCAUCCGGCACAACAAAACUUGCAGCAUUUUGUUCUGUGGCAGAUUUUGCUGUCCCUAAGGAGGAGAUGUCUUGGCAGCAUAGGUGCCCUCACAGAAUAAAUUUAUAUUUCCCUGGAACAGAA